CAUUUACUAGCUGUUUGCUAGUAGAAUAAACUCGUUUCUUUUAGUAAUUUCACUUCGUCCACUCGCACACCACCGAUGGCAACAAAAAGCCCGGUGAGUGUGGCCCAAACCGCGGCUGCGGCGGCGUCGACGGCGGCAGUGGCCUCGGGCCAGAAGGGCAAGCAGAACGGUUCGCUCAACAUUUCGUGCGACAUUCUGGACGAUCUCGCCAGCCGGUUCAUCAUCAAUGUGCCGGUGGAGGAGCGGGAAAAUUUGAUCCGCAUCUGCUUCCAGAUGGAGCUGGCCCACUGGUUCUAUUUGGAUUUCUAUUGCGCCGAGAACAAGCACAAGUGUGGCAUCAAACAGUUCGCGCAGCAAAUGUUUAAGCAUGUGCCGUUCCUGCAGCCGCACUGGCCAAACGUGGACACGGUGCUGGAGGACUGGAAGCAGUACAAGUUGACCGUACCGACGUACGGUGCGAUACUGCUGUCCGAGGACCUGAAGCACGUGCUGCUGGUGCAAUCGUUCUGGGCGAAAUCGUCGUGGGGCUUCCCCAAGGGCAAGAUCAACGAAAACGAGGAACCGGUCAACUGUGCGAUACGCGAGGUGUACGAGGAGACGGGCUACGACAUCCGCAAGCUGAUCCGGCCGACCGAGUACAUCGAGGUGAUCGUAAACUAUCAGUUCACCCGGCUCUACCUGGUGCCGGGCGUACCGCUGGCCACAGUGUUUGUACCGAAAACGCGCAACGAAAUCAAGUGCUGCGAAUGGUUCCCGGUGGACGUGCUGCCCGUCACCAAGCACGACAGCAUCGUGAAGGACAACCACAACCUGACCGGCAACUCGUUCUUUAUGAUAUUGCCGUUCGUGAAGCGGCUGAAACGGUGGCUCGAAUCGUUCUCGUCCGGCGGGAAGGCGGCCAAGGGAGCGGCCGGCAAGGGCAUACUGCCCCAGGCAAGCAAUUCACCCGUGUUUGGACGCGAAUCGACCGGCAAGCAGAAAAUCUACUUCGAAAACAAUAUCGUUGGCAGUGGCAACAAACAGCAACAGCAGCAACAAGGGCAGAAACAACGGCAGAGGCACAAAUCAAUGGGAGAGCUGGAACAGCAACCACAACAGCCGAUACAAAUACUGCAACGUGGGAAAGCGAGUGCUGCUGCAGGUACGCCGAACGUUGCCAACCGUUCGCAACAGAAGCAACAACAGCAGCAACAGCAACAACAGCAGCCACGCGAAGAUGCCUACCAAUCAAAUCAGCGGGCUGCCAGUGUAGUCAGCGAGAGCUACCGGGACUUUUCGCUCGGUGUCGCCGAUGAGUCGUCCGCGAUGAAGAAGAAGUUCAACCAAACGCUACCCACCUCUGCCCAACCUUUGUCAGCAAAUGUGGGCCGAGGUGGACAGAAUGUUGCUGCUGGUGGUGGUGAGCGGCUGGUCAAGAGUCAGACGAAGAGAAAACUGUUCGCCAACGAGACCGCACCGGCCAAAGUGGAGACAGAGAAUCGAAAAGAGCAGCAGCAGCAGCAGCAGCAGGGGAAGGAGGCGAAGAAAAAGGCAGCGGAAACGGAUGACGAAUCGUUUCUCGAGUAUCUGCUCCAGGAGGCGCGCUACGACCGUUUCCGGAAUGGCGUGUAUCAGUGGACCCAUUUCCAGCUUGAACAUUCAACAUUUUUAUUUCAACCUAUAUUACCUUCCUAGUUGAGAGGAGAUGAGGAUCAGGGAAUGCCGUGAACCGAGCGGGAAAUUUUACUGCAUCAAACGAACAUGCUUCCUACAGGGAGCACACGAAGGCGCAAGAACAAAAGCAGAAGAAUAAAUGAAUAAUCGUGACUGAAAUUUCGCAUUAAA